AUGCAAUUCGAUGAAUCAAACGAACUGAGAAGCGAUAUGAUGGAAAUUGAGCCAAUGCGACAUCGAUUUCCGUGUUGUGUUGUAUGGACACCAAUACCGGUACUUACAUGGUUGUUCCCAUUUGUUGGUCAUAUGGGCAUAGCAACAAGCCGAGGUAUUAUCCGUGAUUUUGCUGGAAGUUAUUGUGUUUCUGAAGAUAAUAUGGCGUUUGGUUGGCCUACAUGGUAUCAUCAAAUAGAUCCAAAUACGAUUGAUGGUGGAGUGGAAGCCUGGGAUCGUGCUGUGUUAGAUGCGUCGGAAGAAUAUAAAGGGCAUGUACAUACUUUAUUCUUCGAUAAUUGUUACUGCCAUGUUGCGUUGGCAUUGAAUAAGAUGAAAUUUGGUCACAAACGAGAUUAUAAUUGCUUCCGAUUGGUCAAUAUGUUGAUGUUCAAAGGUCGAUAUGUUGGGAUUGGUGGUUUCAUCAAACAGUGGCUUCCGUUCACAAUGAUUAUUUUGUUUAUACUUAUUAUUAGUAUUGUUACAAAAGGUGAAUAA